AUGAGUAGCUCAUCCAGCGAUUGCUCGAGCUCUGCAACAUCAGGUAUAUACUGUGAACGACCUCAAACAUCUCCGACUACAAAUCAACAGGAAAGUUUACAAGAAGAAGUAGCUAAUUCUUUAGACUACACCUUGGCUAGAGCGGAUCUACUAGACAAUAAGGAACAGUGUAAUAUUUUACGACGACGUAUUACAGAUUAUGAAAUUAGGAAUUUCAUAGAGGUGUGUAAGAGUCCUGAAUUCUUAGACUUCAGCGUCGAACACUUGCAGCGUAUUGCUGAACAUGAUGAUUUGAAUGUAAGCUCGGAGGCGGAUAUCUUUUGGGCCAUCCGGCGUUGGUAUAAAUAUGACGAGGAGGCACGAAGACCCCACUUACCCGAUUUGAUUGCUUGUUUGCGACUAACACAAUUCGAUGUCGAUUUCAUAUAUUCACAUAUAAAUACGCUGCCGGGCUGUGAGCUACUCGUGAACAAGGCUGUAGAAUGGUUGCUCCGACCUUGCGCACGUGAUACCAUAACACUGCGCUACACGAAGGCGCGCAAAGUGCUGCAAACCGAAGAUGAAACCUACUGGAUCAUUGUACAAACCCGAGGAGAUGUGAAGGGGUACGUGGACAAAUGCCUAAUCCGCUAUAGCAAAUCUCUUAAAAUAUGGCAGAAGUGGACCGACAUAAAACUGGAGCGCAGUAACUUUUGUGUAGUACAAUUGGAACAUAUUAUCAUCUGUAUUGGCGGCUUAGAACGUAAUACCAAGCCGAGCAAUCACGUCAAUCGCUAUAAUUUGAGUACAAAAACUUGGGAACCAAUGCCAUCGAUGGAACAGCGUCGCGUUUACAUGAGUGUCGCGCUCUUGGAUGGCAAAAUAUAUGCCUGCGGUGGACAGGAUGAAAAAUACCAAGCUCUGGACAUCGUAGAAGAGUUCGACACGAUUGCUGGACGUUGGCAGACUAUAGCUAGCAUGUCCAUACGUCGCGCCGGCGCUGGUGCUGCAGUCUUGGAUGGUAAACUUUAUGUGAUUGGUGGCUUUAAUCGUGCGCAUUUACGGUCUGUGGAACUUUAUGAUCCAAAGAAAAAUAGUUGGACACAAUGUGCGGAAAUGAAUGAAGCACGCGGUUGGCCUGGAGUGAGUGCUAAAUGUUGAAAAAGUCAAAAUUAUGUAACGAGUAUUUUUAGGUGGUGGUACAUAUGGGUCAUAUUUAUGCGAUCGGCGGUUGGUUCAAUGGCGCAAUGAGAACGGUCGAACGCUACAGUUUGUCAGCUAAUAAAUGG